AUAUCUAUACUUUGGAAAAAAAUGGUCAAAAGUUGUGUCUUCCAUUCUGUACCAAAAUACAAGAAAAAUAGUGAAAAAUGAAAUGUGCCUUAUUACCAUUUUGUUAUUGCAACAACAUACCACUUUAUAUAUUUCUGAAGUUUAGAAGAGUCAAAUUACCUAAAAUACACAACAGCUUUUCAAGUAAAUUUGUAGUACUCAUUCAAAAAUGAAUAUUGCAACCUGGUCAGGUGAUGUAACGUGAGUAACCGAAAAAACUGACUUUGUUUUCUGAGAGAAAAAUUCUUCACAGUUAAUUGGUGGGAUUUUAAGUUCUCUUCCUUCAAACAAUCUUUGACACAGUGAUGACUAUCAAAAUCAUUAAAAAGUACAAUUUUUUAUAAAAAUGAUGAAGAAAAACUGUAACGUGAGAAACUUUGUAACAUGAGUAACCAUCAUGUAAUGUGAGUAACCAGUAAAAAUUAUGCAUUUAGGUAACAUUUUCUGUGGGAUGUCAAGUUUUAAGUCUCAUGGUGAGUUGUGAAGUUAUUUUUGAUUAAUUAAAAGCAAAAUGAGGGUACACCUCUUUGAUGUGACUCUUUGUUCAUCAAAAUUUCAGUGGUCAUACAUGUACAAUCACACAAAAAAUUGAAUAUUAGUAGAAGUAUUCACAAUGCGAGAGUGCAUUAGUAAGACUUGGUUUCGAUUAACCAAACUUUAAAGAGUGUUCGAACAACACAUUGAAUGUCCUUACCUGUAACCCUAUCUAGGCUGGGGUAUUUUGGGAGUUAAUAUGGCCCGGGGUGGGGGGGGGGCCUCCCAGGCCCCCCUUGAGAUCUCGGCCAUUGGCUGCACGAUCACGCCAAAAAUUUGCACGCAGGUUGUCUUGGACAUAAUCUACAAUACUAUACAGUAAUUUACUUCAUGCAAAUUGGUAUUAAGCAAUUAUGCUAAUUUAUGCAUAAUUAGUAAGCAAAAUCAUACUUUUCCCUCUUACUUCCUAAUAAAGCUCCAAUUGUUCCAAUUUUUUUGUAUAAAAUCUCUUUUUGAUGUUCCUAGCAAUGAAUUUUACACACAUUGAAUUUUUAAUGACAUUUGUGUCGUUAACUAUACAUGGACAAAAUGUAACGUGAGUAACCGUAACGUGAGUAACCAUGUGUUCUUUAUUUUUUUAAUUAUGUACAAAGUUUGUCUCCCUAAUAUACUUCUUUGAAAUGGAUAUAAUCAACUUUCAUAAAAGCCUUGUAUGAGGAGACUUUUCACUUAUGUCGACUUUUCAUUUUAUGCAUGUCCAAAUCAUGUAACGUGAGUAACCGACACAUUCCAAAGAUUUGCCAGGAGCAUAAUUAAAUUUCCCAAGUUUUGUUUUUAUACAAAGGAUAGUCAGACUGUGUACUUUGUUGUGAUAAGGAGAUGUUUAGUUCCUAUCAAUAAUAAUGGAGUUACAGCUCCAAGUAUGAGUCAAGGUGUCUCCAAAUGUAACGUGAGUAACCGUGGAAUAGCCCUUUAUAUGAAAUCCAAUUAUUUAGUGGAAUUUUGUAGACAGGAAAAUAAUUAUUUUAUCCAAAGUGUCUGGGAGAGCAUUUCAACCAUGUUCGUCAUCUGACAGGUGUUCAGACCCGACAACUAUCCUUGAUUUUGAUUGGCUGAGAAGCACAGGCAUCUGACUGGUACUAAGGGUAACCGUCAAAUCAAAAAUCAAACAAGUCCUUUUACAAAACACCAAGUGAAAAGUGAACAGAAUGGUCCAAACUUGAUUUUUAUUGAUUCAUUUUUUUGUUAUUGCUUAUUUGUUUGUUUGUUUUUAUCGUAUAGGCUAUGGCUCUUCAAGAGCUCAAGCAUGCAUACAUCUGUGGCUACAAGGAUUUCUUCGUCUCGUGGGACAAAGAGGAAGCUGCUAUCAUAGUUUGUAUAGUCAUGGAUUACUACAAGAUGGGUGAUCUGGACAGAUUAUUGAAGAAGAAACGUAAAAAGAACGAAGCCAUCGAAGAACUGAUCCUAAAGAAAUGGUGUGGACAGAUGAUCGAAGCUCUUGAAUUUGUGCAUAAAAGAAAAGUCAUUCACAGAGAUUUGAAACCAAGUAACAUCUUCCUCACCGAUGACCUCACACUUUCCCUUGGUGACUUUGGUGUUGCAACCAUCAUGGAUGACGCUAGAACCAAGGCUAGGACUACUGUCGGUUCAAUGAACUGGAUGGCUCCUGAGGUUCUAGAGAAGCCAUACGAUGAGAGAAGUGAUGUCUGGUCUUUAGGCUGUAUUAUUCUUGAGAUGGCUACAUGUGGAUUCUUAGAUACGCAGUCAGUGGGUCAAGUUUUGAUGGACAUCAAGCAAGAUCCAGCGAGAUUAGAAGAGGUUCUAGAAACAGUGAGUAAGACUUACUCUGCAGAUCUUAGUCAAGUUAUUCGCACGAUGCUCAGGAGAAACUUUCAACAAAGGCCGUCAGCAUUAGAAUUGGUAGAGUUACCUUACAUCAAGGAAUGCCUAGCAUUGAGCAACUCAGCUCUGACCGGCAAAAAGAAGGAGAAACAGAAGGCCGCAAAGGAUUGUCCUACAGAUAAGGGUAUUCCUGGCGUUAUGGCAUUCAUUACAGAGAAUAAAGAUAAUGAGAUCUCCAUUACAAGAGCAUUCAAAUAUCUCAACACACUUCAAACUCCUCAGAUUGAUGAGGCGGGUAAGAAGCUGAUCAUCACCUGUAUGAAGAGUAAUGUAUCAGAAGUAGCUUUACAGAUUGAAGCCUGCAGACUUCUACUGACUCUCACAGCAGCUGCUGAUGCUGAAUCUGACGCCGAUGACUAUUUGUUUUCUGAGGAAGUCAUCCGGGCUGUUACUCUACCAAUGAAGGCCCAUCCAUCAUCCAGAGAUUUCCAGAAUAUAGCUUGUUCUCUUCUCAAGACUAUAGCAUUAAGUGAGCAAGCAGCAGGGUUAAUAGGUAAGCUAGGAGGUAUCCAAGAUAUUCUAUCAGCUCUACGAACGCAUCCUGCUGAUGCCCAGGUCUGUGCCAACUGCUGCAGUGCCCUCUCGUAUCUCACAAUCAAUGAUAAGAAUCUUGACAUCAUGAGAGAGGAAAAAGGUGUGGUUGAUUUAAUGAAUGCCAUGGAAUCACAUGAUUCUGACUCUUCAGUCAUGGAUUUCACGUGCUCGGCUUUAUGGGGACUCUCCCUAGAAGAUGAGAAUGUCGAAAUGAUGGCAGCAAGAGGCCUGGCAAAAGUAUUACUCAAAGCAAUCACUGAUCAUAAACAGCAUGCUGACGUGGUGAAGAAUGCCUGCAUGGCGUUGUCCAGCCUGGUAGCAGAGUCCGAGGAGAGUGCGUACCUGGCCAACAAUUCCGAUGGUAUCGAGAUCGUAGCCGGUGCCUACCAAGUCCAUAAGGAGAACCCAGACGUGGUGGAAUAUGUUUGCUCUUUCUUUAUGGAUCUAGCUGAAACUGAUGAUAUUCUAGAGGAUAUGAAGAGCAUGUCAAAGGUCAAGGACAUCAUCAAAGAGGUCAAGGUUAAAUAUGCUUCAAAUGAGGAUAUCAUGGGGAAUGUAGAGACAGUAGAGUCGAUGAUAUCAGGUGGUAAACCGCCAACGAACAGACCUAGCUCAGCCAGACCUAAGGGCAAGUAGACCCUGACAUAUCGCCAACAGACAAGCCAUAAGAAGCUGCCAUUUUAUGAUAUCUACAUGCACAACAGAACAAACUUAAUUCUUUCAAUAAUUAUCAAUGAUUUUAUAUAAAUACUGCCUAAUUCUAAGUCUUUCCAAUGAAAUUUCAAUUUCAGUGUUAUGCAAAAACAAGAUUAUCAGCCUUAAAUAAACAAGAUCAAAUUAUGAAUGAUUGAAAUCAUUGUACAGUCUGUAACUGCAUUUGAAAUGAAUUGCUGCAUGAAACUUGUUUAUAUGAUCAAAGAGUUGCUCACACUGCUACUUGCAUUGAAAACUCAUUUGUGCCUUUAAAUUCAAGAUCAAAUCAAUUCAUCACAGACACUUUUGAAACAUAAAUGACCAGGGGGUGUUUCACAAAGAUAUAAGUAUGACUUAGAGUUGCACUUGAUCUGGGGGGUGUUUCACAAAGAUAUAAGUAUGACCUAAGUCGCACUUAAAUGCUGACGCGUACAUGAUAUCCAACGUGCGAUCUUAUUGAUAGAUACACAGGAGUGCGCGUCAUCAUGACACGAUCUGACCAAUGCGGUCAAGCCUUUCAUACUGUACGCAACUCGGAAUUUAAGUGCGACUCUAGGUUGUACUUAAUUCUUUGUGAAACACCCCCCAGAUCGUGUCAUGAGGACACGCACUACUGCGUAUCUAUCGAUAAGAUCGCGCGUUGCAUAUCAUGUACGCGUCGGCAUUUAAGUGUGACUUAAGUCAUACUUAAAUCUUUGUGAAACACCCCCAGGUUGAAAAGAAGGAUACCCAGAUCCAAUUUAUUUAUUUCAAUUGUUUUAGUAUUAGGUCGCUGACCAAAUGAAUGAUAUCCAGAGCUAUUACAUGCUUUGGGAAUCUGAUAUCACUGCUUUUGUUUACAAUAUCAAAUCAUUCAUGUAUCGGCUUUGUAUAAAUCAUACCUCAUCUGCUCCAAAAAUUAUUAAGGCUUGGAUGCAAUUGAAUUGCAAAAUUUUAGAUACUAGUAUAUAAAGGAAGGAUACACUAUUUACAUAACAAGUGAAAUGACCAUGCCGGUCUCACCUGCUAUAUCCAAUUCAAUAUAGGAGCUCGGGUUUUUCAGGUAGUUUGAAGGAUAUUGUACUUUCACCAUCACAUAAUUGGGUGGAUGACCUUGCGACGAGGUCCACAGGCAUACUGUACCAGAUGAUUGAAGAGCUUUAUUGCAUUUCUCCUUCCCAAACUACUUCCACACGAAUGUGGAAGGUAACCUCUUUGAUCACAUGUAGGAAUUGUUUCGUAAGAUGCGAACCCACCCUUGCCAUUCUUUCAAGAUGGGAGUGAGUUAGGUUAAAAAGUUAUCCUUUUCUAUUUCUCCUUAGUUAGGGUUCGUGUAUUAAAAGUCUUUCUGCGGCCAAAGGGCAGACACUCUUGGAUACGCAAUAUACUGGUAUAAAAUAAUAAUAAAUAAUGUAGGAUUUAUAUAGCGCACAUAUCCAUCUUGUAAGGUGCUGCAGGCACUCCUAUAUUACCCCGGGUAAGCUAGUCUACCGAUUCCGGUGCUCAGAGCUUUUUGAGGAAUUUCUUUCUGCUGGUACCCAUUUACCUCAUCUGGGUUGAGUGCAGCACGAUGUGGGUAUAUCUCUUGCUGAAGGAAAACAUGUCAUAGCUUGGAAUCAAAUCCACGUCCCUCAGAUUGAAAGAUGAGAGUCUUAACCAGUAGACCACGACACCCCCACCUUAUUGUGCUUAAGGGUACUUGAUGACGGACAACCUAAAGUUUUUAAAAAAAAUUUCAAAAUGCAAAACUUGCAAUAUUUACAACACAAGAUUUCACUAUGAUGUCACAUACUCAAAUGGAAAUAGUUCAUGCGAUGAAUUAGAGGAUUUGAGUUAUGAAUAUAGAAAUUUUAUCAACUAAUGCUGCUCAGAAUUAUUUUAGUAUAGAGAUAAUUUUCCAUUGAACUUAUUUCUUGAUUGAUGGUGGGUGUGUAUUAAUGCAUGUCCGUGAGAUAUUUUACUUUUUAAUCAGUCCUAUGAUUUUUGUAAAAUAUUUAUUUUUCUUAUUUCUGUAUCUGUCUGUGUAUCAAUUUGUGAUUGAAAUACUGAUAUAACUAUGUUCAACAAAUGUACCCGUCCUGCUGUUAAUUUAAAACUCAGUACUUGCAAGUAUUCUUCGAACAUUCCAGAUGUAAGCGGUAGCCAUAUUGCAACUUGUGCAAAGAGGGCUUUGUGAUGUUUCCCUGUGUGGCCCAUGUUAUGCAGGGACCUGUUUCACUGAACCAAAACUUACUGUUAUAAACUAUUGAAAUACUGUCAUUUAAUUGAUCAAGAACAAAUAUGUCAUAGAUUUCUAGUGAUUGUUGUAAGAAACACAGCCUUGAUGCGUUUCUCUCUGUCCUAUGUUGUAUUUGUAAUUGAUAACAAUUUUUUGUGAAAGAGGGCCCUGAUGACCAGAAUAAGAUCUUCUCAAGUUAAUUGAACAACUCUAAAGAAAUUCACACAACCAGAGAUGUAGACAAGGUGUCACCAACACAAAAUAUUGCAAUCAUUGACAAUAUGUACUGUGCACGUAGAUUCUUUUGAAAACAGAAGUGUGCUAUACAAACUGGAGAAUACACCAGUGCUAUCUUUAAGUGAAACCCUAUUCUAGCAAUGAAUUAUUGAUUUCCAUCAGGACAAAAUAUUUUGUAGGAGACUUUAUAAGUUUGGUUAAUUUGGGAAAUUUGCACAAUAAAUGACUACUGAGGUAUUUUCUGAGCUAUAUUUUAACAGAUAAGCUAUCAUUAAUUGGGUAAUUUUGGCAAUCUUCACAUAUUUUUUAUGAAACAUCGGUCUUGUUGAGUUGUGUUGCACAAGCAUGAAGGCUUUCACAGUGGCUGCUUAAUCGAUACGAUAUGUCCGUAUUAUGUGCUUAUUGAUAUGGUUGUGCUAUCAUAAAUAUGACUAAUGUAUUUUAGAUAAUGCAUGCAUUAAUUGAUGUUAACUGACUAGCUUUUUCGUUCCGAUACAGUCUACGACAAAUUAAAAUCAUUGGAAAUGUGGAAAUGAUUUGUGAGCUAUCAAUUUUUCCAUAAUAUGUAGGGAUAAAAUAAUGCUUUAAAAUGAUUCACUGUAAUUGGAUUUCUGUUCAAAUGCCCUUAUAACAACAGCUGAAACUGUUGGGCCGACAAUUUGGUUGUAGUCCCAUGUAUGCAUAUCUGUGUACGUUGCACGUGACCUUGGGAUUGGUGUACAUUUAGAUAAAGAUAGUGAUAGACUGAAGCAAUAAUACAUCUGUAUUAAAGGCACAUAGAGAUAUCACUGUUUUGUGAAAAAGUAAUGUCGUAUUAAGGAUUUACAUUUUGCUUUUGUGUGCACAUUUACAUUGACCAUCAUGGCAACAUGUUGGCCCGUAAGGUAUCUUUCCUCCACUAUCCUCAUUACAUUCAUAAAAUUCACAUAAAGCUAUUGCAAAUACUCAAUUCAAUUGUUUUUAUUUCCCACUUUUAAUUUUUCAUAUUGGCUCUCAUAUUCACACAUUUCUACUUAUUUUUUAAUGAAAAUUUUCACUGGAAUUCCUAAGGAAAAAAGGGAUGUCAUGUACACAUACGCACCACCUGAUGACCAAUAGAAUACAAUAUAGGAUAACUGUUCUUUGGACGAGAUGCUGGCGAUUUGAAUGAAAUACUCAUUCUCAAAAUAUUUCCAAUUAUAGUAGCUUAACGCACCAUAGAGUUGAUUUCCUUUUCACAUUCCUAUGUUACAAAUAAAUUCACCUUGAAUUGGUAUGAUUUUGUUUUAGUAGUAUUAUUGUAUUCCAAAGACAAUGUCAAUAAACAAGAUGAUAAUUGAAAGCCUUGAUAAUAUUUGACGAUACUGUAAAGAUAUAUUUUGUGAAUUAUGAAAGUUACUUUAUUUUUGUUUAAUUGGAAAAGUGAAAUGAUUUGGUUGGAUAAGUUGAUUUGCUAAUGUUAACAGAUUUUUUUUUCCAAUAUCCUUUCUUACAAAUUGUUACAUUU